AUGGAUUAUGAGUCGUCUUCCAAGUUUAUUUCAUCCCUGGCCAAGUUUCUACAGUCACUUUGUAAUGGUUAUGUUGAAUUUGACAAUGGUGUUCAAGUAAUAGGUCAUCUAUAUCUCAGUGUCGACACAGGAAAGACAAUAGACUACAUUUUAAAUGAAAAAGUAUGCAAAACAGACGAAAACAGCGUGACUUUCAUCAGCAAUAGCUUUCACGCACAGCCUGCAGAAAAGCCCAAGCCUCCGGGUAAAAGGAUAGCAAAAGAUUCUGACAAACCUGAUACAAAAAAUGAGGAGGAGCCUGAUGGCUACAGUAAUGUUCAAACAGAACCAAGAAGUACAAAUGUGGGAACUAUGCCAUCAUCUAGGAAUGUAAAUCAGAGCUCACCCCUGUCUCAUGGCGCAAAACGUCCGUAUUCUCCAUCUCAUAAGCAGUCUCAGGUCAAAUCUGGGCGAGUAUCUCCAAAGCAUAAAAAGAGCAAAAGUGAAUUUUUAGAACACAGUGGACAGUCACAAAUUUCAAAUCCCACCAGUGACAAUAGUAUUUCUUCGGCACCUAGUCCAGCUGAUGAUGUUGGGCCAUCACAUUCAGCUCAGCUUUCAGAUACUCCCCACACAUCUCAGUUAAGUGAAUCAUAUCAGCAAAGUUUUUUUCAUCCAGAUGAAGAAAAUUCAUUAGCUGAUGAUUCGGAGGAGAGAGACAUUAAGCCUACCAUUGAUACUGAUGUUACAUUUAUUAAAGAAGAGUUUGCACCAUCUUCAAGUUGUUCACAGUCAGGUAAUCAAAGUCAUGACAGAACGCAUGGUGAAGACUCGAUGUAUCCAUACCAGUCGUCAAAUCAAGUAUUUCCAGGAGGAUAUGCUGGUUUUGGAGCAUCACAAAGGUCAGGUUUCAGCUCGGCAGGAUCAUCUCAUGCAUUCAGCUUAAAUUCUGGGCAAGCUUCAAAAACUGAAGGAGAUGGUCUAGGAGAUCAAUCAGUAAGUUGGAAUGUGGAUUCUUACUUCUAUCAGUCAGAGAAUAUUACGGCACUAUCAUCUGAUAAUACUUGUGAUUUCUGUGGUAAAGUAUUCACCACAAAAAUGAGUUGCAGAGAUCAUCGCAAUGCUGUACAUCUUCAAGUCAGCUAUCCCUGUGAAUUUUGUGGCAAAAAGUUUCCUUACAAAAGAACAAAAAGAAGACACGAGAGUUUCUGUCUGGCUAAAUUUGGACAGUCAUCUGCCAGAUGA